AUGGCUUCUCUUCUCCUCUUCAUCAUCCUCCUGAGCAACACCUUCUUCAUCCAGCCAUCAAUGUCCCAACCGCAACAACCCUUGAAUUACUGCAAAGAGAGGUGCGAUUCGAGGUGCGCGUUGGCCGGGGUGAAGGACAGGUGCUUGAAGUACUGCGGGAUUUGCUGCGGGAAGUGCAAAUGCGUGCCUUCUGGAACCUUCGGGAACAAGCACCAGUGCCCCUGUUACAGGGAUAUGCGCAGCUCUAAGGGCAAGCCCAAGAAGGAGCAAGUCAUAUUCUUCUUAUUCUUCCUCGCGCUGACCCAACUUUUAUUGCCUCUCCAAAACCUUCUUCUCGUCCUCACUGUCGCGUCCCGUGGUCUCAAUUGUGGAGGACCAGAUCUCGCACACCCGGACAUUCUGUUUGCCGGCGUCGUAUUGGGGCAGAUGUGCGAUCGAAUGGGCUCGUCGCAGAUAUUCGCAGCAAUUCCAAUCGUAUCAGCCAUGGAGAAUUCAAAAGUUCAAGAGGUAAUCGAGCAACAAGUGCUGACGGUGGCGAAGGCCGUGGAGGACAAGAUCGACGACGAGAUCGCGGCGCUGGAGCGGUUGGAUUUGGACGAUCUUGAAGUGCUGAGAGAGCGUAGGCUGCAGCAGAUGAAGAAAAUGGCGGAGAAGAGGAGGCAUUGGGUCGGCCUCGGCCACGGCGAGUACUCAGAGAUCCCCAACGAGAAGGACUUUUUCUCCGUCGUCAAGGCCAGCGAACGCGUCGUCUGCCAUUUUUACCGCGAGAAUUGGCCUUGCAAGGUUGUGGACAAGCAUUUGUCUAUUCUGGCAAAGCAACAUAUCGAAACACGUUUUGUGAAAAUUAAUGCCGAGAAAAGUCCAUACUUGAGUGAGAAGCUACGGAUUGUUGUUCUCCCGACCCUUGCUCUUGUGAAGAAUGCCAAAGUGGAGGAUUAUGUGGUGGGUUUUGACGAGCUUGGGGGAACUGAUGACUUCAGUACAGAGGAAUUAGAAGAGAGGUUGGCUAAAACAAAGGUCAUCUUGUAUGAGGGUGAAUCCUCAUUCAACACAUCCAAAUCCAAAGCCCCAACUAAAAGCGUUCGGCAAGGCUCGACUUCUUAUUCAUCUGACUCUGAAUAG